CUAGGUCAGAUUUAAUUUAAUUAGUUUCUUUUAUUGCUGACACCACAAAAACAUAACCACGAUAACCAAUUUCCCAAAUUGACUGACUUUCCCAAACCGUCGCCGCCGAUGUCGUGAAAACUAUCAGCCGUUAACACUCUCAGCAGAAAGAGAAGUUAUAGUGCAAAGUUCAAUUGGACAUAGAAUAACAUAAUGAGGCGUAGACCUGGAAUUGGAGGUUUGCAGAAUGCCGCUGCUGCUAGGGAUCAGUACCGAUUGCUUGGAGAAAAUGUGGCAAAAUUGCGGACAGAUCUCAUGAAAGAACAACUUGCUACAUUUCGUUCUCAGCUAGAAGACUUUGCCCGCAAACACAAGAAUGACAUCCGCAAGAAUCCAGCAUUUCGGUCGCAGUUUCAUGAGAUGUGUGCCAAAGUUGGAGUUGAUCCUCUGGCUUCUAAUAAGGGUUUCUGGGCUGAACUGUUGGGCAUUGGUGAUUUCUAUUACGAACUUGGGGUUCAAAUUGUUGAUAUUUGCUUGGCUACCAGACCUCACAAUGGAGGUCUGAUCAGCUUGGAAGAGCUUUGUAAAAUGCUUGGUCAAAGAAGGAAAGGGACUCGUGAGGCUAUCUCUCAGGAUGAUUGUUUGCGUGCCAUAAGUAAGCUAAAGGUCCUCGGGAACGGUUUUGAGGUGAUUUCUCUUGGCAAGAAGAAGCUUGUUAGAUCUGUCCCCACAGAGUUGAAUAAAGAUCACAAUGAAAUCUUGGAGCUAGCGCAGGGUCAAGGCUUUGUAACAGUUGAUGAAGUUCAGAGACGGCUCUCUGGGUCUUCUGGACGUGCAACUGAUGCCCUCGAGACUUUACUAGAAGAAGGUCUUGCCAUGAUUGAUAAUGGACACAAGGAUGGUAGAAGCCGAUAUUGGUUUCCUUGCGUAUCAUCUGUAUCUUCUUACUCAGCAUCUGAUGCUAUAUAAGGUUCUCUUCCUUAUCUUGUUUUAUGUAAUUUUGUACAGUACAGUGGCUUAGUUGUCACAAUUGUGCUAAGGAGUGUUGUGUUGUUAAAUUUGUACGGAACAUACCUGCUUUUGUGUUUCCAUUUUGGAAGGUUGACUAUCAGCGCUGUUUUUUUUAUUGUACGUUAGAGUGGAGAGCAAAUUGAUCCACCUGUUUAGGUUUUCAACUCUUGUUGAUGCUCAUUUAAGAUAAUUUGUACGUCCAUAAUAUAAUUUUCUUGAGAAUUCCCUUGAA